UCUGCAAGAUCGCAUCGCUGCAUGGUUGGUGAAGAGAGUGUACUGCGACGUAACUUUGGUACAGAUCGGUGUGGAGCCAAAGAGCAGACGGAUAACCCCCAUCAAACAUACGAUCCUCAAGGUCCACUGUCGGUCAGUCCGUCUGUUGAUCUGUCUUUCUGACCGUUCGGACCUUGGGGGUCCAUCUUAAUUGUGUUGGCUUCCCUCAAUUUAAGGGAAAGGAAGGACGACAGUUUGGGGGGAAAUCUUGGAUCAUAAUUUACCCGUAAAGAUAGUGUAACAGGUGCACCUGUUCCUUCACAACAAGACACCGGCCAUCUAGCUGCAUGUGGCCCCAGCACGCACAAGAGAUUCACCCGAUACAACUUCACGAGCUUAGCUUGGAAGAACUGACAGGCACACGCCCAUCUCAUAGGGGCACGUUGAUGUACUUGAAACAGCGGGGUAUACCAGCUGACUCAAUUCACUUCGCAGAAAUCGGGCCGCAUAGAGGACCCCUGAAGAACCUCGUCAGGGCCAUUGAGCACGAUUUCUACACUGGUCCAGUCACAAGACAUCCAGAGGUUCAGCCACCUUUUGGGAGAAAUUUACGUCUGAGGGCGAAAGAGGUUAUAGGACCGUCACAACGUCAACUCAAUAAAGGAUAUCAUCCCGGUCGAGCCAUGUCAAGCCGUGAGCUGAUGACGGGAAGAAGGGAUGGUCGAGCGGCAACCCUCUUCCAGAGGAUGAAGGAUAGAUCUGAUCAGUAUGUAGUUGAUGAGAGCACCGUGCCCGCUCCUCAUCAUGACCCCUAUGACCAAGGUUAUGCAGAGAGAGGGCGCCCGUGGCAGAGGAGUCCGUGGGAGGCAGCUGCUGAACACCCUCUCGGUCUCCCUGAUGACGCCUUCCAUCCACCGAUACCAAAAGCAAAACCAAAGCCCAAGCUGCAGAAUCCAGUUGCAGUCAAACAAAGAGGGCCGCCCGGGUACAACGAGGUCGACUCGAUCCGCCAACGUCAGCAGGGUCCAAGACAAACCAACACCAAGCCCGUCAAAAUCGGUUGCACUUGGAAAAGGGGCAGCGACAACACACGUUUCCAUGGCGGGGUUCAACCCUACAUGAAUUACAACCGGGCGGCAAAGGGAUGGAACCCAAAUCAAUUUCAGUCCGACGCCGAGGCAUCUUACUCCGAUCAGAGUAACGAGUACGACGAGGCCGAUUCCUGGAGUGGAGGCAGAGGUGACCCAAGAAGCCCUAAGAAGAUCGGCCCUCAGGGUGGUUUCAGUGAUUUCAACACUCGUCCGAAAUCUUGGCAACAACAUGAAGAUGACUAUAGAACCCCACUGCAAGAGAGACAGGGCAACCACCAUCAGGGUCGUCCUAGAGCUAAUGAUGUUGCUCGUUCAAGGCAAAUGGUACGGAACGUGGUCGGACCUAAGACUCGGAGAGAUGAAAGCGAUGACUUAUGACACUUUUGUAUUUAGCUAUUUUGGAGUUGACUUUGAAUGGUCUUUUGACUUUGAACUAUUUCAUCCAGUACUUUUUUUCUUGAUAUUUAAAAGUUCACCUGUGGUAAAAAAGUGACCUCUCGAGAAGCCAACUAGGAAAUACUUAUGCCAGACUAUCUUGCUGUGUUCAUAUUAUUGUAUUUUGAUUGGAAUAUGAUGUAUUCAACGACAGUGUUUGCAAUACAAGUUGCUCUGUAGCUUCACUCGUAUAGGAUCUCUUUACAAGUAGGGCCUGUGAUCCCUGUUCUCAAGAAACAGAAAGAAAAAAAAAGUCAUUUCGAAAAUUAUGUACGAAUCGAAGCCUCAUUGAGACUCCUGUAGAGACAAACUAUUUAGACAGGGGUCGCUGGUUCGAAUCCUGCAUGUACAAAUAUUUCAUCUAAAGUAAUGGUUUAGCCUGGUUCAUACUUCCUGCGAAUGCGAUACGAAUUUUUGGCGUCAAAAAAUCUUAACGGACAAUAAAUUAGUUGCCCUGUUGGCUGUAAGCUGUGACGUCAACAUUCUCAUCGCAUUCGCACGUAGUAUGAACCGGGCUACCACACUUCUAUGUAUUACAUAAUUAUAUAUACUUAUAAAUGUCUUUAGAUAGGUCAAGAUAUAAUCCAAUUCACAGAAAUAUUUCUGAAUAAUCAAAUUGGCUUCAAGGUGGAUUUGUUCUUGAUGGGUGCAGACGUUAAAUUCGGAGGGCACGUAAAUCCUCCUGAAUUAUUUUAAACUCAUUUGCAAACCAGUGUCUUAAUUUCCAGUGUAUAAUCGAAGUGGAAAAAAAACAUGUUUCACCUCUUCUUGUGUUGAAUAUUAAGUAAACUAAAACUACCUACGUGUAAAAUUAGGUAAUAAUUGUUAGAAAUAGUACAAGAGUGCAGGAUGGUAAUGGUUACUAACUGUCAUUAUAGUAAAUAUUAAAUAAGAAGAAAUGGAAAGAAAGGAUUUGAAAUCAAUGGGAGAUUGCACGUAAAUGGCCGUAGAAUUACCAUAGUGUCACAACGGACCAAGCUGGUGUGGGUCAGUUUUCUCGCACACCAUUAUGAUCUAAAAACGUCCCCCAUUGCAUACAAUGGGUGAGAGGUGAACCGCCCAAAGAAAGGACUGCUUCGAACUUCUCGGUUGAGUUUAUAGAUUGUAUGAAGGAUAGUAUAGUGAUAUAAACAGAUAAAUAAGGGAGUGUUUAUUUUAAAACAACUGCAGGAUUGACAAAUCCUUAUACAUGUAAAUCCCUUUUUGAAUGAAAUUGCAACAAUUUGUUGAGUUCAGAUCAAAUGGUCGCAGAAUGUCUCUUUCACUCGAAAAUUAAGAACAAAACUCAAGAUUCAAUACAAUUACCAAAAUAAAAUCAUUUCAGAACUGACUCUUACUUUAUCGUUAUUUUGAAUGCGAAGAGCAUUUUUAUGCAACAUGCCAAGUAGAACUUAAAAAGUUCAGUCUCCAUCAAACCUCACAUUUUGUAAAACUUUGAUAGAUCACACACGAAAACAUCAAAAUUGUUCGGACAAUUAUUUGUCUUUGUUGGACAAGACUCGCCUUCUGUCAUACAGCAAAGGUAUUUUUGUAUAGACACACUUGAAGUUAUACAAAUUUAGAUGUUUACAUGUACACUUCUGAUAUUAUCAUGCUGGCCAACAUGGGCUCGUCAUUGAUAUUACAAUAUUAAAGUUCAAUUUUCUGCUAUGUCAUAUUUAUGUAGUCGUGUAUCAGAAGAAUACUUUGUCUAUCAGAAAUACCUUUUGACGAUGGCCCACCACUCAACUGUAAAAUUUAGGGCUGCAAAGUAUAGUUAGUAGAUUUUGCGCAACUAUAAAUGUCUUAACAUAGAUAUACACGGAAAUACCUGAUAGUACUAUUUAAACAAAAAAAUACAGAUUCAAUUUGUAGCAGAGCAACUGUGAAAAAUCACUCGAUCGAGCCCUCAACGAAAUCAGUUCUAUAUAUUUUGUACCAAAAGUCCAUUAGCCUAUUACAAACAAUUUGUACAAAGAUUUGAAAUUAACAAUUUCCUCCAAUGUUUUAUUAUCCUGUUGAUCAACAAAUAGUUCUAAAGUGAAAUAAACAAAAACCUACAUGGUGUAAACACAAA